UUGGAAUGAACAUUUACUUCCUGAAACUCAAUUCGGAGAUGGCGAUAUUUUGAUAUUUUGGUUGCUUGUGUUUAGUAAUUUCUAUUAAUUCAACCGUCAUUUGAUGCUCUGCCUUUUCCUUUUGCACAAUACAAGCUCGCAUUAACGAUAAUACUCUGUGCUACUUGUUAGGCUACAUUACUUUAAGAACAUCUAUCUUGUGUUCAAGACAGUAGGCUAGCUACUGCGGCUAAUUCUACCAGCCUAGAUUUAGCUAGCAAUUACAGCUUCAGGGUUGUAAUUAAUCGGCUCGUUUCCGUUGAAAUAACAAUCUUUACAACUUGACUGCUUUGCUAACACAGUUAAAGCCAAGUCAUGAGUGCAGACGACCCUAACCCCGCCGCCACACCCACUCUUUGUGAAGACACUCAGGGAGAUGGACGAUGGAUGUCUUUGCACAACCGCUUUGUGUCUGACAGCAAAGACAAAGAACCUGAAGUUCUGUUUGUUGGAGACUCUCUUGUUCAGCUUCUGCACCAGUCGGGGAUAUGGCGAGAGCUGUUCUCUCCUCUCCAUGCCCUCAAUUUUGGGCUGGGAGGUGAUGCAACACAACAUGUGCUGUGGAGACUGAGCAACGGUGAACUGGAUAAUAUCAGCCCAAAGGUUGUCGUGCUUUGGGUCGGCACUAACAAUCAUGGUAACACUGCAGAACAGAUCUGUGGAGGCAUUAUGGCUAUUAUCCAAGUCGUCAAGAACAAGCUCCCUCAUGCCCAGACACUUGUACUGGGUAUACUGCCCAGAGGCAAAAUGCCAAACCCUCUGCGGGAGCGAAACGCCAAGGUGAACAAGCUGGUCCAGGAGGCCACAUCCUCCCUCCCACAUGCCUCUUUCCUAAAUGUGGACCCAGGAUUCGUCCACUCCGACGGUAGCAUCUCCCAUCAGGAUAUGUACGAUUACCUUCACCUGACCCCUGCAGGCUACCAGGCGGUGUGCAAACCCCUGCACACCCUUCUCACGUCCAUGCUAGAAAAGCCUGCAGAGAACUGAGCCAGAAGGUUACAAACUUACACUACAGCAGUGGUCCUCAUCCCUGGUCCCAAAGAGCAUCACACUCAGCUUUGUAUGCCUUGAAUGAUGGAUAGAAUCAAUUAUUAAGGUCUUAGAGCUGCACAUAUUAUCUUCCUCAUGGCCAGGGCUGGUGACCACUGUUACAGUUAAUGGGACCAUAAAGUCUUUUGUGUUAAUGAAACAGUCAAAGUUUAAUUUUUCUGUGCUAUUCAGAGACAAAGUCUUACCCAUAUUCCCAGUAGGCAUCUGUUUCACUUGAUUUUUGUUCUUGAAGUGUUUUUCCAUAGAGGGAUUAUUUAAUUUCUCUGCCCCAAUUUACACAUAAUGAAAAUGAUGAGAAGAAGCUCUUGUUGUAUAUGCACUUCAGAUGCCCUGUAAUUAUGAAUAAAGCUUGUGAAAAGAUGCAGCAACGUUUUCCUCAAGUACAGAUAUGCAAAAUAUGAUUUGCUGCAGCUGAUUGAAAAGCUUUAUUUAUAACAAUUUUCUCCAAAUCUCAUCAGCUCUCAAAGCCUUAUUUAUCCUGGAAUAUGACAUAAUGCACUGUCCUCCUGGGGCCACUGGAACGGGAAGUAUUUGGAUAAUGGUGUGAGACUUUGUCUUUAUUUGCCUUUAUUUGCCAGCGAAAAAAUAUAAGAUGCAAAAACUGCCCUUGCCAGAAAGAUGCUGUAAUUUUUCACAUUGAUUUCUCGUUUUCACUGUUACAUUUAUUUGGUAAAAGCUUUGUUUACUUUUUGUGGUGUCUGAUGACUGUUAUAGAUGUUGAUUUGAAAGACCAAAUGUUUUUGAUUGACCGUUCCUGUCUUAUUUUAUCAUGUCACAUGCUGUCCUAUAUAAUUUUCCUUAUUGCUUCAUCUAUUGUAGCAGCAGAAUCUGAAGUGACAGGCUGUUUUGUUACAAACAUAGAUGUAUUUUAGUAGGAUUGUGAAGUUGUGUUGAUAUUUCUAAGAUUGCUUCUGCUUCAAGUCUGAUCUCCUCUGCAACAUAAUGGCCCAACAGAGCAUGGAAAAAGGCUUUACUUCACACUAAAAUGCUUCUUGGGUAAGGUUUGUGCUACAGAAUGUGACUCAUGCUUCAGAAUGGCUGAUUGUAUAAGUGGUGGAAGAAUGCAUUAAACAUGAAAACAAGA